UCCGAACCGAGAGCCGGUGCACAGAGAGGUGUUUCGAGAGACGGUGAACCGGCUGGUAUAUAUCGUCACGUCGUCGCCGUCGCCGUCGCCGUCGCCGUCGCCGUCGCCGUCGCGUUGUCCGCCACACACACUUUCGUAUUUAUUGGCCGAAGAAGGGGAGGAAAGAGCACGGACGAACCUCGCGGGCCAGUGCGUUCCGAGGUUUCGAGGUGAGAGGACACCGACCGAUCGACCAACGGACCAACAGACCGAUUUCGUCCCACGGACUUAUCCGGCGCCGUCGAAAGUCUCGCUUCUGGUUCCGCUCCGGUCGAGAGCGCGCGACGUCCCAUCGAUCAGGGUAGCCGGCCCGUUCCUCGUCCCUUCUCGUUCGUCUCUCCUCGUUCGCGUGGUUUUUUCUGCGAGCUGCUCGAGGAGGAGCCGCGCGAUUCAUCGGGAUUCGUCGCGCCGCGCACCGAGAGCCCUCGGCAUGGCUUCGACGAUCAAGCUGGUGGUGUUUGUCGGUUGCACUCUGCUCGUCUGCGUGGCCACGGCAGAAUCGGACGAAGGACAGAGCGGAAGAUCGCGAGUCUCGGACGAGCAGCUGAACAUGGCCUUGAGCGACCAGCGUUACCUCAGGAGACAGCUGAAAUGCGCCCUGGGAGAGGCGCCGUGCGACCCCGUCGGCAGACGCUUGAAAAGUUUAGCGCCGCUGGUUUUGAGAGGCUCCUGCCCGCAAUGUAGCCCCGAGGAAACACGACAGAUCAAGAAGGUCCUCUCGCACAUUCAACGAUCCUACCCGAAGGAAUGGUCGAAGAUAGUGCAGCAGUACGCCGGAGUUUAGCGGGAAACGACUCGGCUGGAUCGGAUGGGGGAUGAAAGAAGGCGGAAGAGGGACCGAGCGUAUCUGUUCGUCAUGGGUGUCUCCGACGUCGCCGUUAUAUAUAAUCGUUACGAGCGACCGUUCCACGAGCCGACGAUCUCUUCGAGUUCCGCGAGAGGAACACCGCGCGCGUUCGUUCGGUGUUGGUCGCUCGGCUUGGACGUAACACGAUAACAUUGUAAGAUAUUUGCAAUAA